AUGAUGUUUUAUAAGUCUCUAUUCUUACAACUCUUAUUUUUCCCCCUGCUGAUUAACGCAGCAGUCAUCACGGUGUACAUUGCUAUCUAUGAUGUACUUGACUCGCGAGAUCCCAACCACUGGGCCAUCUACUUGGAUGGAGAACGCGACGUUAUUCUGCAAGUAGGCGAUGAUAUCGGCGGGGUUGGAUACUUCGUUGAGCAGCCAAUCUACAACAAGAAACCGCAGAGGUCUAGUCGCCACAAAGAAUCGAUUGCUGUUGGCAGUAUCAGCUCUAACAAAUUUAACGAUGCCAUUGCUGCCAUUCAAAACACGCCUGUCGACAACAACAGCAACACGUGGAAUUGUCAAGCCUGGGCAAUCGAAGCCUUGGACACGUUGAGCGAUGCGGGUCUAUUCAACUGGCAGCGAGGCAAGAAACAGACUCUUCAGGCGAAGAGACAAAACUGGCAGAAGUAA